AAGGACGAAAGAGGAAGAAACGUUAAACAGCAGCGUCAACAUGAUUUGCCGUUCCGUCUGCUGUUUGCAAACCAGUAAUGCAUGAAGAGCAUCCCGGAUAAAGUGUGAGCAGAAUGUCAUCUCCUGGAAUGGGCACCUCGAGCGACCCCCUGUUGUCCAGUCCUGUGGGGGGGAAGUUCGGGACUGCCCAGGAUGGCACAUGGAGACCCACUCUGUCCAAGACGUCCAGCUUCCCAGCGUCCACCACACGGCACCUCAGUCACAGAGCCAAUAACUUCCAGAGGCACCCGAAGCGCCGGAAACUGAUCAGGCCGUCUCCUCCUCCGCCGCCGAACACCCCGUGUCCCCUGGAACAGCUCGACCUCACCGAACUGCCCCCGAGACGCACUUUCCCCGAGCUUCUCUUCAAUGGAUCCAUCUUGUUUGGUAUCGAGUUCAGCUACGCGAUGGAAACGGCGUAUGUUACUCCUGUGUUACUUCAGAUGGGGCUGCCCGACCAGUUCUACAGUCUUGUGUGGUUCAUCAGUCCAAUCUUAGGAUUCCUGCUGCAACCCAUUCUUGGAGCAUGGAGUGACCGAUGCACGUCUCGCUUUGGCCGCAGGAGACCUUUUAUUUUUGCCCUGGCGAUAGGGGCUCUGCUGGGUCUAACACUGGUGCUGAAUGGAAGAGACAUUGGAUCAGCGCUGGCGGACACAACCCUGGAUCACAAGUGGGGCAUCGUGCUGACGGUGUGUGGUGUGGUUCUGAUGGACUUCAGCGCGGACUCAGCCGACAACCCCAGUCAUGCGUACAUGAUGGAUGUGUGUAGCCCAGAGGACCAAGACCGAGGCCUAAAUAUACAUGCUCUUCUGGCAGGCCUUGGAGGCGGGUUUGGUUACAUUGUGGGUGGCAUUAACUGGGACAAGACUGAGUUCGGAAGGUCAAUAGGUGGCCAGCUCCGGGUCAUAUACCUGUUCACCAGCAUCACCCUCGCCGCCACCACGGCCAUGACCCUCACGAGUAUUCCUGAGCGAACUCUCCCCAAGUCCCAGCCUCAAACCAGAAGCGGCCAAAACCUGAAGAGCCCCAACCUCCCUCUUCCGCCCUCCCCCCCGCCUCCUCCUGGGGCUGCUGUCGAGCAGGACGAAGAGGACGAAGAAGAAGCCCUAUAUAACAGCCAGUUCUCCAAUUACCGCUACCAGGAUCCACUGGGUCGCUCGAGCAGCGCCAACGCACGUCUCUACGCAGGCCUCACCAGCCCCAUCUCCCCUCUCAGUCCUCUGACACCCAAAUACGGCAGCUUCAUCAGUCGGGACAACUCGCUCACAGGCAUUAAUGAGUUUGCUUCCUCCUUAGGCACCUCCUACAUAGACAGAGUAUUGAUUGAAUGCUACACGGGACAGCAGACUCCUCAGCCAAUAGAACCAGAGUCACCGGGAGAAACGCCCCCUCCUCAAGGGCAGAGUGAAACACCUGGUGCAAAUGAAGUUUCACAGCAAAACACACACUCGCAGCCUAACGGAGAGUUGCAGGCGAGUGAAGCGCUGCAAGCCAAUGAGCAAAAUCAAGCCAUCGACCCCGCGGAGCCUAAUGAGGCGUCGGGGUCCCAGAGAGGCAGUUCCUCAGGGAUACUGAAGCGUCCUCAGAGUCUGGCCUUAAUAGAGGACCCGCUCAUGACUCAAAGCGGUGCCGGCUUGGACAACGGUCGUAGACGCACCGUCACUUUCAGUCAACAGGUGGCAAAUAUCCUGCUGAAUGGAAUGCGCUAUGACAGUGACCUCAGUGGCAGCCAUGAAGGAGCAGACUCCCAGAUGUCAAUCCUGCUGCUCUGUACCGCCAUCUGCAGGAUGCCUCCAUGUUUACGAAGCCUGUGCACCAACCAUUUCCUGGGUUGGUUGUCGUUUGAGGGGAUGCUGCUCUUCUACACCGACUUCAUGGGGGAGGUUGUGUUCGGUGGAGACCCAAAGGCUCACCACGAUUCAGAGGAGUACAAGCGCUACAACUCUGGCGUCACAAUGGGCUGCUGGGGGAUGUGCAUCUAUGCAUUCAGUGCUGCUUUUUAUUCAGCCAUUCUGGAGAAGCUGGAGGAGCGCUUCUCAUUGCGUUCGCUGUAUUUUUUCGCCUAUCUGGCCUUUGGUUUGGGCACAGGACUGGCCACGCUCUCCACAAACCUGUACGUGCUGCUGUCUCUCUGCGUCACCUACGGAGUGCUCUUCUCUUCUCUCUGUACGCUGCCUUACUCUCUGCUCUGUGAAUAUUACCAGAGCCCGCAGUUCUGCGGCUCAUCCGAGGACGGGACCAGGCGGGGUAUGGGGGUGGACAUCUCCCUGCUCAGCUGCCAGUACUUCCUGGCUCAAAUCCUGGUUUCCGUGGCGAUGGGCCCUCUGACAUCACUGGUGGGCGGGGCCCAGGGCGUGAUGUACUUUUCGAGUCUGAUGUCAUUUGUGGGGUGCCUGUACUCCUCACUGUGUGUGGUGUACCAUCUGCCAGCACCCGAGGGCAGAGCGGACGUUGAGGCUGAGGCGUGAGUGAUCGGAAACAGGCCCUGUGCGGAAGAACAAGACAAAUGUAUUGUUUGGUGACUACAACAAAUCUGGACAACAAAUCCGGACUCUCCACCUCAGAAAUGUGCGCCUGUAUUGCCAAGCAUCUUUUUAUGUUUUGUCUGUUUUGCUUUGCAAUACAUGCGACACGUCAUACUUUUUAAAAAACUCAUGUUCACCAGGUAGCAAGCCAAUCAAGAAGCGACGAAUAAAGAACUGAACGAGACGAAAUUCAUCACUUUUUUGCCUAAUCU